AUGAGUACCGUCGCUGGCUCGACAACUCAUGGGAAGCCUGGGAGCCCUCACGUAGCGCUUGCGAAUGAGGCUCUGGGGUUUCACCGGCAUUAUGAUCCACAUUCUACCCUGAUACUAGUGGGCUUUUUCGGGGCCGGCAAAAGAACAUUGGGCAUCAUCGCAUCAGUUGCGCUGCGACGCCGCUUUAUCGAUUUUGAUUCAUAUUUUCAACAACAAGUCCAGUCUUCACCACAAGAUUUUAUUGCACGACACGGACUGGCGCAAUAUCGCGAAAUCGAACUCAAGAUCUCGCGGGAACUUCUUUCCAAAAAUGACAAAAAUUGUGUCAUCGUUGGCCUUGGAGCCUUUGGAAGUCGUCCCCAGCUCACGCUGCUGGCGGAGUUCGCUCAGCAACACCCUGUUGUAUACGUGAGACGAGAUGAACAAGACUUGCGACAAUUCGUCACGACAAGUCAAGAGAAAUUCGACCGGAUAUUCGAGCUAGGCAAUGAUUUCUUUGAGUCGUGUUCCAACUUUGACUUCUUCAACCUCACUCAAGGUCAGCCUCAGCAUAAGUCAGUCCCUGCGUACCUCAAGCUCAAAGAAACGGAGCGUCUAUUCGUGACAUUUCUACGUCGCAUCUUUGGUUCAUAUAUCCCGCAAACGUUCUCAUCAGAACCCUUCUCUGCAUCGCACACAUUUGCCUUGGAAGUGUCUUCAUCUUGGCUUGAAGAAAAUACUCCAGACUUAGAACUCCUGGAAAGUGGCACCGAUGCCAUCACUCUGGUGCUAACACCUCACGAGGUAAAUCCUACCAGGCUUGCAGCUAGGCUGUCACGACAUAUUGCAACUCUGCGAAAACACUCACGUGUUGCCAUAAUGAUCGAUGCAGAGGGGCUUUCUUCGAUUCCCCAGGACCCCGAAAGCUACAGUCAACUUCUGGUAAUGAUUCUUCGCCUUGCCCCAGAGGCACUUAUAAUAUCACUCGAGUGCGAUAAAAAUAUUGUUCAAAGAUUGAAUACCUCCAAGGGCUAUACGAAAAUCAUCGCUGGUCUUCACGAGAACCUCCCUGUGGGUUCGCGGCACGCAGCUUUAACUCCGGCUGCCCUCCACGAGAAGGUACAAUCUUUUGAAUUGAAUGCGAUCCGCCUCACUGGGGAAUCCCAGUUUCCCGAUGACAAUUUUCGGUGCUUGUCAUUUAUUCAAGAGGCUACGGCGUUGAUCAGGCUACCUGUGAUCGCGUACAAUACCGGAUCGUUGGGUCGAACCUCGAUAUGUCUAAAUCCUACUCUUUCACCUGUGGUGCUGCCAUCAACAACGCAUGACGGACUCGGAGUAACUCUUCAGCAAGCACAAUUGGCAAUGGCGGGGUUCUUUCUUCUACCAAAGAAAAAGUUCACAAUAUUUGGCCAGAGCGUCAAGUACAGUCUCUCGCCAGAAAUGCACCAUGCAGCCUACGAGUAUAGCGGUCUUCCCCAUACAUAUGACACUACACAAGCUGACGACAUAUCUGUUGUUGAUGAACUUCUGAAUGACAAGGAUCGUGGCGGUGUCACUAUUUCUCUUCCAUUCAAAUCUGCUGUUCUGCCAUACAUCGAUGAAAUCACACCAGACGCAAAGGACAUGCAGGCAGUCAAUACUGUUGUGAUCGAGCAAACUUAUCAGCCCGAUGGUUCACAAGCCACCGUUCGAAAGGGGUACAAUACCGAUCAUAUUGGAAUUAGAGACUGUAUCGAUAAGCACCUCUCUCCCGCGAAUGCUGUUCGAGACGGGACCACAGCUUUGAUCGUCGGUGCAGGGGGGAUGGCUCGCGCAGCAAUAUAUGCCUGCUACGAACUAGGCGUUAGCCGAAUCUGCAUUUACAACCGCACGCACGGGAAUGCGCAAAAACUUGCUGAUUACUGGAAUGACUGGGCUCAAUCUAAGGCUGGGGCUAACCUACAGGUUGAUGUUCUCCGUUCAGCAGAUUCCUGGCCAUUGGAUACUCGCUUGCCUACUAUUGUCGUGCCAUGCAUUCCUCCUUUCCAGAUAGGCAGUGAACAACAUCCUGUUGUCUUUCAAAUUCCCGAGGAAUGGCUGGAGAGUCGAACGGGUGGGGUAUUCGUUGAGGUUGCAUAUGGUCCUUUUAAGACACAAUUGAUGGAGCAAAUGCUGCCACGUGCAUCUAAGGGGUGGGUUGUUGUGAGCGGCCUGUUGGUUUUGAUCGAGCAGGGUAUUGCUCAAUAUGAAUUAUUCACAAAGAGGCCUGCGCCUAUUCAUGUAAUGCGGCGAGUUAUCCAGGAGCAGUCGCUGAAAUAUGGAUUCGUCCAUCAAUAA